AUGCUUCCUUAUUUUCACCCGAUCAGCCUCGCGAUCUACGCACUCAGCGUCUUCACCUACAUCUGCUGGCAAAAGUACUGCAGAAACAAGAAGAUCCGCGCUUGGGGUUGCGAAGAGGCACAACAUCAAGUCUCAGGUCUUCGAUAUGGAUUCUCUUUGUUACGCGCCGCAUAUGACCGACAAUGGCUCCCGUUCCUCGAACAGCAGCACCACCAGUACGGCCACACCUUCAGAUUCUCUAUGGCAAACAAUAAUAUGAUCUUCACUAUCUCUCCGGACAAUAUCCAAACAGUUCUGUCCACCAAAUUCAGCGACUUCGGUAUGGCGCCAAGCCGUCAGAGGGCAUGGAAGCCGUUUCUGGGGAAAGGGAUUUUUACGCUCGACGGCGAAGCCUGGUCACAUUCGAGGAAGAUGAUAACGCCUAUGUUUGCACAGAAAAGGUGGUCCGACUUCACGCAGUUUGACAGGCUAGUCGACAGAUUCCUGGCAGGUCUACCCACAGACGGCUCGACGAUCGAUAUAGAAGAUCAGUUGGAACAACUGUUCCUCAUGUCUACCACCAACUACUUUCUCGGUGAAGAUGCGGCAACCUCUCCGCUUUUUCGACUGAACGGCUCAGAGCAAAACACAACCUCGUCGACUCACGGACAACGCUUCUCGGAAGCGAUCAAACGAUCCGAGCGGAUGACAGCGUGGCGAACAAUAUUGAGCCAAGUCUACUGGGUCUUCAACACCCGUACAUAUCACCGGGACAAUCGAACCAUCCAGAACUUUGCUGAUUAUUUCGCGGACCGGGCCGUCGAGCGCAGGAAAAUGGGGAAGGUCGAGCAGUCUGACCCUGGUUUCACGUACCUGGACAGUCUGGCAGAGCACGCCAGUGACCGUCAGGCUCUGCGCAGUCAGAUCUCCCAGGUAUUCAUUGCCGCAUCCCGCGACCCGCCUAGCCUCCUUGCCUCGACCUUCUACUUGUUGGCGCGACACCCGCGUGUUUGGGACAAAUUGCAGGCCGAGAUUCGGGAGGUUUUUGGGGACGACCUGUCCAAUCCUAGAGAAGAGAUCAACAUGGCUACACUGAGCAAGAUGAGCUACUUACGCCAUGUUCUCGAUGAAGCGUUGAGACUGAUACCUCCAGUCCCCUUUAACAUGCGUGUGGCCCUUCGGGAUACGACAUUACCGAUGGGUGGCGGUCCGGACGGCAGUUCACCGAUCUUCAUUCGCAAGGGUGAUAGGGUUUGUUACAGUACGGCAGCCCUCCACAAGAGAGAGGACAUUUGGGGAUCCGAUGCCUGCGCAUUUCGACCGGAGCGGUGGGAAGAUCUGCAGCUACAGCCUUGUGAAUUCAUACCUUUCAAUUUCGGGCCCCGGAUCUGUCCUGGUCAACACUAUGCUAUCGCGCAGACCAGCUACGUUCUUGUCAAAGUCAUGCAACGUUUCAACGGGUUGGAACCAGCGCAAGCGGACCAGUUUCCUGUGACGCAGCCGAUAAUCGACGAGAAGCUGACGACAAGCCACUAUGACGGUGUUUCAGUCCGGCUGCUCAGGUCUGCCUCCGCUUAGCAGCGAGCUUUACUGCGCUUGAGAACAAGAGGAAGAGAGCGGCCACCACACCAUGGAUGAUGGUCGCCAGCUGAAUGUGAUAUAUACCUGAUUUUCGAGGCCUUCUGACACAAAAGAGACAUGGGGAUAGAUCUCUUGGACUUGAACCUGACUCCUGACUGCUGGAUGAGGGCAAGAGUUACUGCAGUGAUAGCCGGGCUCCGCGGGGUGAGUGGA